AUGUCUACGAACCCCAUGGCCGCUGCCAGCGCCUGGACUGACCGAACGUCGAUACCACACUUCAUCCGGGGAAUAUUGAAGGCUGACGAGAAAAGUGGCCGGUACGUUGGGACGACCGACGAUUUCGCAUGGUGUCGCACUGGCGAAGGGGCCACAGAGGAGGGAGACCUAGGGGCGACCCGACUCCUGAUCUGGAGUGAAGGGCUGAUCUCUGGCCAGCGUCCAGGAUGGGUCAGAGUCACUCGAGCUCCUUUCCUGGCGUCUGACGGCUCCAUGUUGCACGGCGGCGAAUGGGCGACUCUGUUCGAACAAGGCUCCCAGAUACGCAUCCGGCCAGUGACCGAAGGGCUGGAUACGAGAGGUGUCGGCUACUCGGAGAGCCAUGGCACCUCAUCUUUCGAUGCCGGGUCAGCACCGUGCUUUGUCUGCGAACCCGAUGGGUCGCUCAACGUAUACAAUGCUGCUCGACCGCAGAGCAUGUCACCGAUUGCGUCCCGGGCUGCCAGCAAGCUGAUGGCCCAAGGCUAUGGGAUGGGGCUCUGGCUGGAGGGGAUGGGAUGGGUCCCAAAUGGCGGCGAGUCAUCCUCCCAGAUACAUCCACAUGGCGUGCCACGGAUGUUCACAGCAGAGGAACAGGCCGCAGCGCUGGAAGCCAAGCACCAAUAG